AUGGCCGCCGUGGUGAAAUGGGGGACAUCAAGCAGGACUGUCUGGAAACAUUUAUUUCCAAUCCGGAAUGGAGCCUUAGCUAGUGCUUGUCGAAAGUCUACCUACUCUUCUCUUCCCGAUGACUACAACUGCAAGGUAGAGCUCGCUUUGACAUCCGAUGGCCGGACUAUAGUGUGCUACCACCCUUCUGUGGACAUCCCGUACGAACACACGAAACCUAUCCCUCAACCAGACAUUUUGUGUAAUAAUGAAGAAAUACACGAACAAGUGCUGAAAACAAAAUUAGAAAUAAAAAGUGAGAAGCUUGAGAAAGGGCCCAUGAUAGAACAACUCAGCAAGGUGUUCUUCACCACAAAGCACCGCUGGUACCCGCAUGGACAGUAUCACAGACGUCAUAAGAAACCGAAUCCUCCCAGAGACAGGUGA